ACACUUUCACAUUCGUUUUCAUACUAUUAGUACACUCGCAAUUCGUCUCGAAUUACUCGGUCAGGCACCAAUCUUCCAUUCAUACAAUACAUCAGACCGAACCGUAUCAACCAUCCCAUUAAACCAUGAAGGCCUCUUUCGCUCUCUCGACCGUUCUGCUCACGAGCACUGCGCUCGCCGGCACCCUUCCCACCGUCCACCAGUCCGGCCUCGGAAAGCGUGCCCCAGUCUGCAAGUUCGACGAGGCUCCGCAUGAGUUCGACGACAGCAACGCCUGGGCCAACGUCGUCUCCUCAUCCAAGCGUGACCUCAACCAGAAGAAAUGGAACCCGCCAUCCAACCUUGUGACCCCCCUCAAGCAGGUCUGGGACCACCAGAUGAGCACCUACUCCAACCCCCUCGGGUUCAAGAACUACGGAUACGACCAGGUGAUGGCGGCCAAGGGCAAGAUCAACUACUGCGUCAGGUGGGAGGGUACCAAGCCCGUUACGGCCGACCAGAGGGCCAAGGUGGAGAAGGCGAUCCAGAGGCAGUUUAAGAAGUGGAUUGAUAUCCUUGCUGGGUUCGAAGGCUUCCCGUACUCAACCGUUCCCGUCCAGGUUGUGGGUUGGGCCGUGCAGAACAAGAACAUUCUGCAGGGUGAUACUAGUGGAAUCCAGGUCUACACGACCAAGGAUUCCGAGGGUGUCCCUGAGUGUGACCCCAAGUGUGGAAGGUUCUUCCACCAGAACGGUGAUUACAGCCAAUGUGCUGCUGGCGCUGCUCGCCAUUACGACCAAUCCCUCUGGUUGACUCCUGGCAUGCAGGGUGGUGCAGGAGGUGACUGGGGCCAGCGUGUCGGUCAGGAAUACUUCAUGCAGCUGCUUGACUCUGACAACAUCCAUAUCGUUCUGCACGAGCUUGGCCACACUUUCGCCCUUGAUGACUUCUACGACUGGACCCCUAGCGGCGUCACCAACUUCAUCAUGUUGGCCGGCAGCGCUACCCAGAUCACUGAAUUCGAUGCCUGGAUGGCCAGGGACUGGUGGAGGAACCUCAAGUCCAGGUACGGAUUGUAAAGAGACAACUGUCUCAGGUGCCGAGGAGACAACUUCGCGGUUAUUAGUAUCAUCGUACACAUGCGUUGGUCACAAAAGGAACGAGGUAGAGGCUUUGGGGACGUUCGAUUAUUGUACAUAUUCUUCUUCACUUCUUGUAAAUAUCAUAGCAGUCAUAGUCAGAUCUCAAAAUUGGAGGUCUCACUCAACUUUGCAUUCUUUGGU